CCCUCCCCCCCCAUUAAUAUCCUGCGCUCGAUGUGCCCCAAUUAAAGAGUCCUCUGACGAAUUAUAAUGCGACAGUUGUCUCGUGUGUGCCCCCGAGUAGGCGUCGCAAAGAUUUAUAGCAUCGGGUCGUGUGAUAGAGUGGCGCUGUCAAAUUGCGACAGGUGAUGAGUUCGUUGGUGUAGGAUCACUUAAGUACAGGUGAUCAUGGCGAGGAUCAGUGAAGUGAGCGGUGCUGUGGAAGUGUUGUGAAAAGGAAGGUUGUAGGGGGAAAAGGAAGGGAGGAAGAUGGUGUGUUUGGAAGUACGUGUCGGCGUGUUCAAGAAGUGUGGCGUGCUCUAAGACUGCGAACAGACCAGGGGACCCAGCCGACGAUGGGUAACGAAUGUAGAUAAUAGAGAACGGAAUGCCCAUCGGGCCCGCGGGGAGCACAGAAGGAGGGGGUGUGAGCGAAGAGGAGAACAGCCCGCCCGCUGUUCCCUCCAGGCCUCCCCCGCCCCCGCCCCCGCGAGUGAACACCUGCAUCCACGGCCGCCCCAUCACUUCCAAUGGCAACAAUAAUGACCCCAACGCGAGAGACCGGUCGCGCCCUUGGUGGAAAAGCUGGAACAAGAAGUACGUGUUGCUGUGCGGUACUUGUGGCAGCUCGGCCGUCUUGCUGGGAACUCUCUACCUCACUAUCUACUUCGUGCUCAGGUCAUACACGUCGUCGCUUCAGUACUUCCAGACGAUCCCUACUUACGUCCCCGCGGCUGUGCUGAUCCUGACGGGCCUCCUCGUGUUGUGUUUCAUAAGACGAAAGAACCGGUUUUCCUAUUUGAUCAAGUUGAGUGGGUGUCUGUGCUUAGUCUGUGCCGUGCUGUGUGUGGUGGUGACUGUAACGACCACCGUACUGCACAUGAACAGAUUGCAGACGUUGCAAGAGUGUGAAUUCUUUCCACACUCGCAAUCUUGCACAUGUACGCCCUACACAGGUGUUUUGGAUCCGACGCAAGAUGUGCGUUACGUGUUCUCCCUGGUGAGCAACGGCAUCAACUGCGACGUGAUCCACGGGCCUCUGUACUCCUGCCUCCGCGCCCUCUUCGGCCUCUCCGUUAUAGGGAUCCUCGUGUCCAUCUUCUCCUGUAUGCUCGUCUACCAGCUGUUGAGCCACGAGAAGAAGAAGAUGUACUGGGAGCAGCUGGAGCAGCGCCGCCGCCUUCUGUACCGCCGAGCGCAGCCUCCCAACGCCUGCUCCUGCUGCGACGAGUACGGCUUCGUCCCUCCUUCGGAAGUCUAUCCUUGGGGCCUCUGGGACACGCUCGACGAAAGGUACUGGGCGGGAGGUCAGUUCUUCCCCCCCGGCGGAGAGGACUCGUCGAACGCGUCCCGCUCGGUCCUGCUGGGCACGGCGUCGCCUCAGGGCCAAGGUCCCCUGUGGCUCCCCUGGGGCGGCGCCUGGGGGGCUCCGGGGGCGGCGGCACAGCAAUCCCAGGCUGCGACUCCGGGGGAAGGCAACGCGGCCGCCAACGGGGAGAAUAACCAGGGCGGCGAGGAAACUCAAGCGCAAGUCACCGGCGUCCUGCUGCGCCCCUUCCUCCCCCGGGGCCUGGAGAGCCGCCUCGGGUUCCGGCGCCAGCACGCGGCGUCCCACCACAGCCGCCGCCCGCUCUCCGACCCCGGGGUGGCCCUGCAGCUGCCUCGCUACCCGCCGCCCUUCACCGAGGCCUAUUUGCCUCCUAUGGCCUACCAGGAGGCCUUCCCGCGCUACAUGUGGGGCCCUCCGCCGCCCUAUUCCCAGCCCACGUCGUCCGAAAACCUAACCAUGCAGAUGUCCCCCCAUCACCACCCCAACUCGCCCACGUCCCCGACAGCGCUCCAGGGCCUGGUGGCGCAGGCGAUCAGGUCCUCGCCCGCCCACCGGCCUCCCACCCUGGCCGACCUGAUGCACGGGCCGGCCAGCCCCACCAGCAACACCCUCUCCUCCCCCAGCGACGACUCGGAAGUCCUCAGCUCCCCGGCGCAGAACCAGCGCCCGGGACGCAGUCGGCACAAGGGCGGCACGGCGGACCAGGGAGGCACUCUGGGCGGCUCCAGCUCCCUCCCCUCUCGCCACCGCACGCGCAGGCUGCCCUUGGGACACGUCAAGUCACUCGGAGAUGUGAACGAACACAAACACGACGAGCCUCUUGAAGUCCUGUUUUGUGAUGGCAAAGACAUUACACCGCUUGAUAAGUUCCACACGCAGGCGGACGUCCAGCGCGAGGGCUACCGUAGCAAGCACAUUAAGAGCAUUAGUGAUCCUAAAGUGGUUUACACAAGUGGGAAAAUGGAACAAGAAUCUGAACUGUAUUUUGCUGAUGUGUCUUCUUGUGUUUCCGUAAGACAAGAUGGUGAUGAAACUUUAUAUUACUCAGAGCCAACCAGUUCAGCAAGUCAGAACACACCUUCUCCAAGUGAUAAAGACAUUUUGGACGCCUCUGUAAAUCACACAUACGAACAGGUCCGUGAAAAAGAUGACGAUAGUUCUCAUCACGCCUCCGACGACACUAUGAUCGUCCACACCUCUUCGUCAGACCAUAGCCUUGCUGCAGAAACCGAGAAUACCUACAGUGUUGUUUCUCCUCUCACAGACAUGUCCAGUACUUCCCCCAUGAUCACCGACACAGACGCCUAUUCAUGUUACACUCCCACUACAUCGGGUCCCUCUCCCUCGACGCCAAGCCAGCGGGAGAUGACACCCACGACCCCUCAGUCAACUUUCAACCAUAAUUUAACCCUCCAUCCACUCAGGCAACUACACCCUCUACACCCUCUUCACCCUGUCCACCACAUCCACCACAUACACCCAGGAGGAAGGACUCACGUCAAUGACAAUGAUCUGCCACAGUCAGCGGAGCCUGAUGGCGACCAGGAGGUGGAGCACUGCUAUGAAACUCUCCCCGGGUGUGAGGCGGACUCCGCGAGUACGCCGGCGACCUCGAGCUCCAUGGAGACUCAGCAGGAAGCCUCGCCAAUGCAAGACGCGUCAGACCUGAACGGCAACGUCACCCUCACCGAAGCUAUUGUUCACAUGGGGCCUUCUCUUACCGAUAGCGCAAUUCCUAGCUUACCGAGUGCUUCGAGACCUUCCAGGGCGAACUUGUCACUGCCUCUUCGUCGUGUCCUCUCCUCCUCAAAUGCCCACACGGAAGAGGCCGCGGAAGACACCCCGACGCCCGACACCGAGAUGCUCUCCCUGGAGCAAGGGCGGAGCGCGGGGGGCCGGCGCUCGGGGGGGGUCGAGAGGAUGUCAUAUCAUAGUUCGGAGCCAAACACACCGGCGGAACGGAGGAUUCACUCUGUCCAGGACCUUCUGCUUACUCUGAAAUCUGUGAAUGUUUAAAGGAUAGAGAGUAAGCUCAGUAGUAUUUAUUAAGCUACACAUUGCAAUGUUCAUGUACAUAUUUUUUUUUUCCAAGGAAAGUUCCAUUAUAUUAAGUGUUGGAAACUAUGAUGGACACACGAGUUCAAAAGAUUAUCGUUUUCCAGAUCUAAGCAAGGCAAGACUAUAUGGAUUCAAAGUAUGAUUGAACAUCUAUGCAAUUCAUGUGUUCCACUUCUUGACUACACGUGCAACAUUUGGAACACUUGAGUGUGGGAAGAAAAAAUUCCAGAUUCUUAGAUUUCUUAGGUUCACAAUAUUACCUGAAACGACAAUUAGAAUAUAUUUUCCAUACACGUACACAUACAUGCAACUUUAAGUCAGAAGCACAGUAUAAUUAUGGGCGAAUCAGGUGCAAAGAAUGUUAUUCCAUUUUAUGAUAAUUUAAAGCUUUCUCAUUUAGUAAAAUGUGCUAUAUUCUACGUUUCAGUUGUACUUGUUUGAAUUGUGCAAGCAGACAUUAAAUGUAGCUUUUCACAGUCUCAGAAGACGGGCAUUAAUGAUGUAGAUGUGAAACAAAUGAUAGCAAUGCUGCUUCCAUCUUUUUCAGACAGUUAAAUCUAGAGUAGCUCAGGAACUUCACAUGAUAUUACUACUGUUCUGAUUGCAUUCACUACCACUACAGGAGAUUGUAUUUCUUGGCAUAGUUCUUUGGGCAUGAAUGAGCACAGGCUGUUGAAUAGAUUGGGAUACUCGUGAAGAAAAAAAAUUGCUGUAGUGCUGUACAAUAAACCAUUUAAGAAUGCAGAUGCUUUUGCAACAACAGGCACUGGCAGGAGAAUAUACACCAAAGUUCAUUUAUAUAUUUGGUUCAACGAAGUACGUUUUUUCUCAAAUUAUCAUAGGUACCACAUGCAGUGAUGAAAUUAGAAAUAGGGCAAAUCUGUUGUAGGUGUGUGGGGGGGGUAGGAAGCACAUAUUAGAAAAAAAAACGGCCUGAAGAAUUGAGUUUUAAGAGCACCUUUGUGUAUUGUCAGUAAACUGUCUUAUGAUGUGCAAUAUAUUACUUUAAAAUAGAGAAAUUAGGAAUUUCAGUAUAAGAUUAUGAAACAGUAGUAAAAGUGCUGUAAUUAAAAAAACUGAGAUGGAGCUAGUCAGAUAUUGGUGUUAAUAUGAGUUACUACCACAGAAGUAGGGAUGAUAAUGUUACUGUUUUUUAUAUAUAUUCUGUAAAAAAAAUGAAAUACACAAACUUUCAAAAAUUGCAGUGCUUUGAUUUUAAUUCAGUACUGAUGCACAUUUUAAUAUCACCUGAAGCAUUAGUUGGACAAAGUGAUAUGUAAUAUAAUAGAAUAGGUACUUUACAAUAGUAUAACAUUCCAAUAUGUGGCAUUAUGUAAAAACAAUCUGUACUGUAAUAACUCAAAGGUGCCAUAGAACUUGUAUGUCACAUGCACUGUGUUUACGAAGCCAGGGAAUGAUAAAUUUAAACUUCCGUACAAACUAUUUCGAGCACAAGUAGAGGCACACGUAGAAAAUAUUCCCCUGAAUUCAAAAUCCUUCCCGAAUAUUUGAUUCCAAGAAGGUACGGUUACGAAGCAAUUCAUCUACAGUAAAAUGAGCUUUAUUUUGCUUGCGGAUGAUACUUCUGAUUCCUUUGAAAUAUUUCAGUUUUUCAAAAAGGGGGGGUUAAGAAAAAUCAGAAGAAAAUUUUCCAUACUGCAGGUGAUGGAAGAGACGUCUUUGCUAAUGACAUACACAUUAGGGUAUAAUAUUCAUGCUGCCUGUCUGUAUAUUUGGCAGCAUUGCUAUAUGCACAAUGCUAUCUUGUUGUUAUAUAUUUACUUGUAUUAUCAAGUUUGGUUCGAGCUUUUAUCUUUGUGGCAAAGAUUAUUAUCAUUCUUGUUAUUUGUCUUGUUACUUUGAUUAUCGUUGUUUUAUUAUUAUGUUUGUAAUAAUGAUAACUUUUAUUACUUUUGGAAUUAUAAUUAUUGUUUUUAUUAUUAUUAUUAUUAUCAUCAUCAUUAGCAUUAUUGUUAUUGCUGUUAUUAUCAUAAUAAUUAUUAUUAUUACUAUUACAAUUAUUAUAUCAUUGCUAUUAUUAUUAUCAGUAUCAUUAUCAUUAUUGUAACUAUUUCUGUCACUAUUAUUUAUUAUAAGGAAUCCUUUGUGAUAUGCUGCCCGUGCUUUUGCAGUCGAUAUCCACAAGCGCAAGCCAGUGCAAUGUAAGAAUUUGCAACUGCUCAUUAUAAUGACAUUAGUUAUUAUUUAAUUUUUUUUAUUUAUUUUUUUUUUAAUAACUUGUACGGGCAUUACCAUCACUUCUGUUGAUUUGAAAAUGAUGUGUUGAAUUCAGUUGCUCUUGUUAAAAGUAUCAUAGUUGUCAUACAUACAUACUCACAUGGACAUGCACAGGCAGCCACACACACACACACACACACACACACACACACACACACACACACACACACACACACACACACACACACACACACACACACACACACACACACACACACGUGCAAGAAAACAUAUGUCAUUCGUUAUAAUGAUAAUACUUUAUUUAUAGCAAGGGAAUUUCAGGAAUAAUAAUUCAUCAAGUUUUUUCUUUUAGAAGGAUUUAAAAUAUUUUUAAAUCUUAAUUUAUAUACAUCUGCCAGAUAAACAAAAUAAAGCAACACAGAAAGAAAGAAGAAAAAAUAUUACAAAAAAAAACAAAAAAAAACAGGAGUAAUGAAAUUUUGGAUUUUCGAGUGGAAAUUUUUCGUCCAUUUAACAAUGAACUGUUUUCUA